GAACCGAAGUACAAAAAAGCGCGAUAAGUAUUACCUUGACAGCUAUCAAUAAGCGUACCCAAGUGACAAGCUAUUUAAGUCGCAAGCAUGUCGACAACUGACCCCGCGGACCCCGCCACCACCUUGAGUGUGCUAUACAAGGGCGAAUUCCCGCCCGAUUUCGAAAAGGUCGUAGACAGUUGGCCCACUAAUCUAACCAAGCUGUCCAUAGCCGUUCAUAUGACGGGGUCGAAGUACAAAAACCGGUUCUAUGAAGAGUGUAUACAUUUCAUCUACCAACACGCGCGGGGUAUGAAGGAUCUUAAACAUCUGCGCAUAGAUGCGGCUCUGCCCUUUGAGCCCAACAUCGAGUCCCUAGAGACUCUCACAGUCAUGUCGCUUGACCCGAAUCUUAAUCCAAAGUCACCUAACCCUGUGCUGUACCCCUCAAAACCAGCCGCCUGGGACACCUUCGCACAGUUUACGACUAUUAAAGAUCUGGUGAUAUAUGUCCCCAAAGAAUAUAUAGGCAAGAUGCCCAGCAGUUUCAGCAGGAUGGUGGGGGAGAAGCGUGCUGGUUACCAUGACAACGGCGAGGUGUACACGACGAUUAAAUGGGAUACAGAGACCAAGCCGCCCAAGCCCACAAACGUUGAAGACGCCCCGAAUGGCGUCACGAAGACCAAAACAAAGGCACUGGACAAGGCUAGUACCAAAACAGUGGACAUGAGCAGACCCAAUCCAAAUAACCUGACAAAAACCCUGACGUUGAUUAAACCAAUCAAGAAAGCGCUGAGCAAGCAAGAGAGUGCUGCUCUGGCGACUGCACGCACACUGCAGGCUAAUCGCGAACAGGAGAUGCUGGAGAGCAUGCCCGAGCCCAAGAACCAAGUUGCGCUUAUUGAGGCCAAAAAGAACGAAGGGUCUCCACAGACGGUGCCGUCUAAGUACAAGCCUUGGGAAACACCGGCUACUACGCUGAUGGUUAACUUGCCCGAGUCUUUCCCACCGAACUUUGAGGAAAUGGUUGCCAAAUGGGCCUUAAACACAACGUCGCUGACCGUGGCGGCCGAAAUGGACGGCGAAAAGUACAAGGACCGUUUCUUCGAACAGUGCGUGCAUGCCAUAUUCCAGCGCGUGUGUUACAUGACGAGCUUGCGUACACUUCAUCUCAACUUUGCACUACCGUUCGAGCCUUACAACGUCCACUUGCAGACCCUAACGGUAUGCUCGUUAGACCCCAACAUAGACCCCCGCCGAACACCCCCUCUACUGUACCCUAUGGCCCCGUUCGAAAAGCUCAUAGCCAACUGUCCAAAGCUUACGCGCUUGUAUCUGCUGUCACCGAAUCCUUGGCACAGGGUAAGAGGUGGCGAUAUGCCUUCGGAGGUGCCGAACCCUGAGGCUUGGGACGCUUACGAGUGCUUUAAUCUACCGAUUAUGAUCUAUGUACCGUACAAUUACGUCAAUAGUAUGCCCGAUAGUUUCCGUCGGAUAGUCAUGAACGGACGAGCUGGUUUCCAUCAAUAG